AAUCAUAACAUAAGAAGCUACCCGAAACCACACCUGUCAAAAAAAAACCAAAUUUAUCCCAAAACAAAACAUUCAACAUUCCAUUUCAUCAACCAAUUUCCACACUUAUGUCAAAUUCAACUUCCGAAUAUGUCACCCCUCUUCUCCCUCAGAACAGCGAAACCCCCCAACAUGACCCAAUUCCACAAAAUGGAUCAAUCUCCGGGGCAGUCUUCAACAUCUCAACCACCAUGGUUGGUGCCGGAAUCAUGUCGAUUCCGGCGACCAUGAAAGUCCUCGGCAUAAUUCCGGGGCUAAUUGUGAUCGUGUUGGUGGCGGUUAUAACGGAUUUAACGGUUGAGUUUAUGUUGAGGUGUACAAGCUCUGGUAAAGCGGUUACUUAUGCGGGUAUGGUGGGUGAGUCGUUUGGUUGGGGUGGAUCUCUUGCUGUUAAGAUUUGUGUUAUUACCACUAAUCUUGGUGUUCUCAUCGUUUAUUUAAUCAUUCUUGGAGAUGUUCUAUGUGGAAAUGAGUACGAAGGAACCAUACAUUUAGGUAUUCUACAACAAUGGUUUGGCAUCCACUGGUGGACAUCUCGCACUUUUGCUCUUCUUAUCGUCGCACUUGUCAUAAUGCUCCCUCUAGUAAUGUUACGCCGUGUAGAUUCACUCAAGUAUAGCUCUGCAUUAUCGAUUCUUUUAGCAUUGGUUUUUGUUGUAAUAUGCUCCUCCAUGGCAGUUACUGCAUUAUCGUCCGGGAAAACUCAGUCGGUGAGAAUAUUUCCCGAUUUCUCUCAAGUCACUGCCCUUGAUCUUUUCACCACUGUCCCUAUUUUUGUAACCGGCUUUGGAUUCCAUGUCAAUGUUCAUCCUAUUAGAGCAGAGCUUGUAAAACCUACAGACAUGAGUUCUGCCGUGCGAAUUUCGUUGUUAAUCUCCGUUGCCAUUUACUUCGCUAUUGGAUUCUUCGGAUACCUAUUGUUCGGCGACUCUAUCAUGCCGGACGUUUUAGUAAACUUCGACCAGAACUCAGAUUCAAGUUUCGGUCGAUGGCUAGACAACGUUAUUCGGCUAAGUUACGCCCUCCAUCUCGCACUUGUAUUCCCCAUCAUGAACUAUUCUUUGAGGGCCAAUAUCGAUGAACUAUUAUUCACAAAGAAAAAUAAGGCUCCUUUGGCUUUGGACACUCCAAGAUUUGUGUCACUAACUCUUGUUUUGUUAGCUUUCACAUAUUUGGUGGCUGUGGCUAUUCCAAAUGUUUGGUACUUUUUUCAGUUCUUGGGAUCUACUACCAUUGUUUGCCUCUCAUUCAUCUUCCCUGCUGCAAUCAUACUAAGGGAUAUGCAUGGUAUAUCAAAAACAAGAGAUAAAGUAAUGGCAAUAGUGGUGAUUAUUUUGGCUGUUGGGACAAGUGGAAUUGCUAUAUGGACCAACUUGAAUGGUUCAAGUGCUGAUUAACCAUAAUGUUACUACACCAAUGAAUCCUUUUCAAGUUUGAGAGCAUCAUGAUUCAGUUUUCACCAGAAGAGUGAUUCUGUUUCUACAAAGAUCUGAAUAAUGCUUGUGUAUGUGAUGAAGACUCAAGUUAUGCAAAUAUGUAUCACUAUUUUAUGUCCUUUAAUUAUCCUAUUCUUCCAACCCAUAUCUACUAGCCAAAACCAUGAUUCAAAAUUCAGGGGGAUUUAUAUUAACUUUCUCCCCAUUUGUACCAUCAAAAGUAGGUUUAUUCACAA